AUGAAAAGUUUUUUCGCUGAUACUCGUACUGCCAAUAAACCGACGGUGGAGUCCCAGACCACGCAUAAUUCUCCCACUCGCACCUCGUUGUCUCGUACAAGUUCGAGUUCAAGCAUAUCUGAAUCAUUCCAUAUCAAUACAAAACAAGCUCAAAAUUAUUACGUCCAUGCUUGUGAUCCUUCUCCUUCCCCUACUCCAGCUCCUCCAAAACUGUCUAAUUCCACGAAAAUGAUUAAUCGUCCAUUGAACACCACUAAUAAAAAUAAUAAAUAUUCCUCAUCUUCAUCUUCUUUACUCUCGUCAUGUUCGAAUUCUUCAUCGAAUUCCCUGAUUAGCAAUUCAAAUAAUAUUCCAAUCAAUAAACUAAACGCCAACAUUUCUAAUAAACCCACUUCAAAUUGUAAUAAUAAUAUUAUUAAUAUUAAUAUUAAUAAUGAUAACAAGUCGAGAAUACGAAACACUUCACCUUCGGCACAACCAAUGUAUUCUAUGAAGACAAACACCACAAUCACCACUGCAUCAAAAUCAUCUUUGACCUCGUUACCCAGCACAACCACAUCACAAUCUUCGUCAAAACCAUUGAAAAGAUUUAUCGUUUUUGAAGACGGAUCCCACCAGCAUUCUUUGAAAUGUGUUAAAAGACAAGAAAAACUAAGUCAUAUGAUUAAGAAUAUAAUGGGGUCUGAAAAAAAGAAAAACAAUGCAGUCUCUGCAUUGCCAGAAAUCAUGCAGGACUCCAAAUCCACCAAUAAACAAAUGGAUCCACCUACAUUGUUUGCAGGCAUGAUGAAACAAAUAUCUCUCAUGCAAGAUCCUCUACAAGAAAGGAAAUCUUCGGCGGCAAAGGAUUCUGUGACAAAAGACUCCGCUUCAAAAGACCCCGCCACAUUUAAUUUGGAUUCUGGGAAAUUAUUCAAGACCUCCGCGGAUCUUUCCAAAUCAAUCAAAACUCCAUGUUUCUCUGAGAAAUAUGGUCGUUGUCAAGAAAUCGUUGGUAGAGGGGCAUUUGGUGUAGUAAGGAUUUGUCAUAAAAAGAGAUCUUCCACUGCAAGCACUAGCACUAAUGCUACCCCUGAAUUGUUUGCUGUCAAGGAAUUUAAAAGAAAACAAUCUGAAUCUUAUGAAAAAUAUUCCAAACGUCUCACGUCUGAAUUCUGUAUCUCUUCUUCACUCAAACAUCCAAAUAUAAUCGCCACAUUUGAUCUUUUCCAAGAUACAAAAGGUGAUUUUUUCGAAGUCAUGGAGUUUUGUUCAGGUGGUGAUUUAUUCUCAUUAAUUGUCUCGGCGGGUAAACUAGAAUACGCCGAGGCGGAUUGUUUCUUUAAACAAUUGAUUAGAGGUGUCAUCUAUAUGCAUGAAAUGGGUGUCUGUCAUCGAGAUUUAAAACCAGAAAAUUUAAUGUUAUCGGCAAAUGGGACUUUGAAAAUCGUAGACUUCGGUAAUAGUGAAUGUUUUAAGAUGGCUUGGGAAGAAAAUAUUCAUUUGAUUGGUGGUAUAUGUGGGUCAAGCCCCUAUAUUGCCCCUGAGGAGUAUACGAGAGAUGAAUUCGAUCCAAGACCAGUGGAUAUUUGGGCUUGUGGUGUCAUUUAUAUGGCAAUGAGAACAGGUAGACAAUUAUGGGAAGCGGCCAAGAAAGAUGAUGAAUUUUAUUUGAAGUAUUUGAAAGGUAGGAAGGAAAAAGAUGGUUACCAACCAAUUGAACAAUUGAAAAGAGCCAGAUGUAGAAAUGUCAUUUAUUCAAUGUUGGAUCCCGUACCUUCAAGAAGAAUUAAUGGGAAACAAGUAUUGAAUAGUGAAUGGAUACGAGAAGUAAGAUGUUGUAAUGAUACUGCUACAACUCCUCCCAAAUAA